AUGCUUGCUUGCAUCACUCGCGCUACCUUACCUACUGUCGUUGCUGCCACGCCUUCUCACCACCACCAUCACGCGCACCGCCAUGCGAAGAAGCACGCUGCCGCCAGGGUCGAGAAGCGCGCUCCGGAUGUUGUCACCGAGGUCGUCGUCGGAGCUACCGCCACCGUCUUCGAGCUCGACGGCAAGAUUGUCGAUGCCGCGACGGCCAAGGCCGGUCUGGCCGAGGGCGAGUACAUCAUCGUCGGAGAGACCACCCCGACCUUCGUCCCGCCGCCUCCUCCUCCGCCUGCGACCUCGAGCGCCGCCCCCCUGAGGGCCCAGUUCGUCGAGGAGCCCAUCUCGUCGCCAGCGGCUCCCACCACCACCUCCGCCCCGCCGCCGCCGCCCACGACCACGGCCCAGGCCACGACCAGCUCUGCGCCCCCUCCCCCCAAGACCUCGAAGCCUGCCCAGUCGAGCCCGUCCUCUGGCGCUACCGGGCUGGACGCCGACUUCCCCAGCGGCAAGAUUUCGUGCAAAACCUUCCCUUCCGAGUACGGCGCUGUGGCCCUCGACUGGCUGGGCACUGGUGGCUGGUCCGGUCUCCAGUUUGUGCCUAACUAUAGCCCGGAUGCGCAGAGCAUCAGCGACAUCAUCACCGGCAUCGCUGGCCAAACGUGCAGCAAGGGAGCCAUGUGCUCUUAUGCCUGCCCUCCCGGCUACCAGAAGACCCAGUGGCCCAAGGCUCAGGGCGCGACUCUGCAGUCCAUUGGCGGUCUCUACUGCAACGAGGACGGCUUCCUCGAGCUGACUCGUCCCGACCACCCCAAGCUGUGCGAGGCUGGCGCUGGCGGCGUGACCAUCAAGAACGACCUCGAUGACUCCGUCUGCACGUGCCGUACCGACUACCCCGGUAUCGAGAGCAUGGUUAUUCCCGCGUGUACUUCUGCUGGCGAGACGAUCGAGCUCACCAACCCCGACGAGACCGACUACUACGUGUGGGAUGGCAAGACCACGUCCGCCCAGUACUACGUCAACAAGAAGGGCUACGCCGUCGAGGAUGCCUGCGUCUGGAACAGCCCGCUCGACCCCAGGGGAGCUGGUAACUGGUCUCCCAUCAACAUUGGCACCGGCAAAACUGCCGACGGCAUCACUUGGCUCUCCAUCUUCGAGAACCUGCCCACGAGCUCGGCUAAGCUCGACUUCAACAUUGAGAUCACGGGUGAUGUCAACAGCAAGUGCUCGUACAUCGACGGAGCCUGGACCGGUGGAGACAAAGGUUGCACGACGGCGAUGCCCUCUGGUGGCAAGGCCGUUAUCCGAUACUUUUAA